AUGGCUGGCCCUCCUCGCCCGACAUCUACCAUGCCUUCGACUCGCUGGCACCAUCCCAAGAUACCCCCCUUCGUGGUGGAAAUAGUUCGCGAGUGGCAGCAAAAUCAUACAAGCUCGCAGCUGCACACCGAGCUCAAGUAUAUCGCGAACUUUAUGCUUGCUACGGACUUUGACCAUGGCAAAUAUCCUGACUUCUCCUUGUACCUCCUUCCGCUGUGCUUCUGGUGGACAGAAGGUAGCCGGAAGGAGAUUGUCAGGGCCGUGGCUGCAAUCAAAACAAAGUACCCACUGGCGUAUACAGCUGCUACGAAAUCCGCAACAGACUUGAGCACGGCUAUACCAAUGCCUCCCAGGAACUGGCAACCGUCAUUCAGCAUGGCCCUGGAUCACCCUGAUGAAUCACCCACUCUCAACCCUGAUGGCAGCUUCAAGGACGCCAGUGAGAUAUCAUGGGUUAACUCACCGACAGACGAGCUUCCGCCAUUUGACUUUUCAGUUCCUUUUCCGCCUUGUGCAACCUUGACUGGCACUCUGAUGAGUCCCGAUCCCUCAGGCUUCGUCGGUGGCCACGUACAGGCAGCAGCCCCAGCUGCACCAUCUGGUGAGAGACUGGAUCCAGCCGCAAAGCGGUCCUUCAACUUUGUCAUGGACCCUCAUUGCUCUCUGCGCACUGAAAGACCUAUCAAACGACAGGCCACACUGGAAAUGACUGGUACCUUGGCUGCUGGAAGUAUGACAAAGCCGAAAGCAUCAACAGCGCCAAAGGGAAAGGUCAAGACGACAGGAAAAGCGCCUGCACCAAAUGAAGGGGACCCACAUGCCAAAACAUCUGAGGUUCCUAGCCUUGGUAUUUCCAUUACGCGCAGCGACAGUCAGCUUUCGCAAGCAACGUCUACCUCUACACCAUCCAGGGCAUCUUCUGAUGUGCCUCAGGCUGACGCUGCCAGUGAGAGCAUCAGUCUUAGGACCAGAAAGUGGAGGAAUGCUGACCCCGGCGCCGAUGUGUUCACAAUAUUCGAGGUGUUAGAAGAGGAUGAUGGAUUUGACGAGAAGGGUGAACCUAAGACAAAGACUCGGUAUCGCUGCAGGGUCCGCACAAACUCCAAGGAGACAAAGCAGGUAUUCGACGGGAACCUGACAACGUGUCAGAAUCACAUCGCACAAAAAGGACUGAGUCAUUACAAGCCGUACCACGAUACAUGCAUCGAAAAGGAUAUCAAGAUGCACAUGCGGUGCAUCCCCACUGAGGAGAAGGCAAGGUUGCAGCGGGUCCAGGCUGGCGACGAGCUGGGCUUGCACUUUGCCUGCUUGCAUAUCACCCGUGCGCCAGGCAUCCCUGCUAUGCUUGUCUAUGGCAGGCACCUUGGCCAUAGCUGUCGGAACCACGGGCUUGGGGGUCUGACGGAAGUGGUGCGGGAUGCUGGGCCGAAGGCUGUCGCGCUGCACCUGCAGAGCUUCUGGCAUCACAGCCAUAGGCUUCAGGACCUCACACUGGGGCAAUGUGGUGCCCCUCUGGCUCUUUUGUAUGCCCCGCAUGCUGGGAGCUCCCCUGACCAGAUUUUGUUCUGCGCGCCUUUCGAUGCACCUGCUCUGGCAGAGCUGGUGGUGGUGGAGGUGCCGUUUGAUGUCAAGGCAGCAGCCGAAAGUGCCGAUGCCUGGGCUUAUGAGGAGGACCUCGCCAAUGAAUUGGUAAGCCCACACGAGGAUAACUGCGAGCUUACAGAGCUUUCUCCCUAUCGCGCUGAGCAUUUGGAGCCGCCCUGCCACUGCCCUCUUCCUCCAGCCGAUCCUGUGCUGGCGCCGGCCGCUCCAGCCCCCACGGGCCGCUGCAUGAAGAAUCGGAAGCGCAAGAGGGAUAACUACCGGAACAAGAGGAGGGAGCAGCGGCAAGCAGAACAGAGGGAGUCCGGAACGUCCCAGAAGAGGGUGGCCCGGGAGAGGAGGCGUGCUGUGGGGGAGCAGGUGUGGGUGGAGGUGAGCCUGGAUGGGCUACAUGGCAGCACGUCAGGAUAUCAGGCCCAAUGCCACCUGGUGAAGGAAUCUGAGAGGCGCCCGCUGACCCUUGAGAGCCCAGAAUUAUCUGGGUUUCGCCUGAUUCCAUGGGAUGGCUCAUGA